UAGUACCUUUGUUUUCUUUUUCUUUUAUUUCCUUUUCAUUUUAAUAAUUUUAAUGGCGAUGGAUCAUUAACACCAAGAAAGCACAGCUUAGAGGGUUCCAUUCCAUCCAUCACCCCAAAAACAAAAACAAAAACAAAAUUAUCUGCAUGCAUUUCAUUUUCUCCUCUUUGCAUCUAGAUCCAUCCUUUUCCAAAUUUCAACCUUAAAUUUUGUUCCUUUUUUCAUGUAUUUUCAUAUUCCCUUGAAAAAUUGGAAAAAUGUUGACAAUGUUUGAUUCGAUUCAGAUGUAAAAUUACCAACAUAAUCAUCAUCAUCAUUGUUGUUGUUUUUAUUAACUUUAUUUUUAACAAACAUUUUUUCUUUUUUCAUUUGGUUUCAUUCACCAUUUCUCUUUUUGGUUCACGUGUUCUUCGUAACACACACGAACAACAAUCUUCAAAGAUUUGAUUUUUACAUCAAUGCAUGGUUCAAAAUCGAAAAUUUCUUCAACCCCAUUUCAGAUGUGGAUCUCAAUUUGACGUGGAAAUCUACAUUGCUUGUAAUUUUUACUUGCUUCGGUGAACGAGAUCUAGGGUUUUUCUGCUUCAAAAUUAGAAACUAUUUUUUGGGGUUCGGUUGAUUUUGAAUAUUUCUUCAUGGGGUCGAUGUAAAAGUUUUGAAUUGGUUGAUUUCAGCUUCUGGGUUGCAAUGCUGAAGCAAAUUUUCAACAAGCUUCCCCGGAAGUCGUCGAAAACCGAUACCGACGAGUCGAAUCGGGUUGACUCGCCGCGUUCUACCGACUCACCACCCGCAGCUGGUAAAAGCAACCACCGGCUGCAGGGUGGUGGUGCUUCUUUGAAACGAGCUUCGUCUUCGGCGGUGUUUCCGGCUAGCAUGGUUUCUGGGAUUGAACCUUUGGUGCCUUUUAAGGAUGUUCCAAAUGCUGAAAAGAUGAACCUUUUUGUGAGCAAAUUGAGUCUUUGUUGUGUGACAUUUGAUUUUACUGACCCUGGUAAGAACACUGCUGAUAAAGAUGUGAAAAGGAAAACUUUGGUUGAACUCGUUGAUUUUGUGGCUUAUGGGUCAAUGAAGUUUAGUGAACCUGCUAUUCUUGCAAUGUGUAGAAUGUGUGCUAUUAAUUUGUUUAGGGUUUUUCCACCUAAUUAUAGGGCUAAUGGUGUUGUUGCUAGUGGUGGUGAGAAUGAUGAUGAUGAACCAAUGUUUGAUCCUGCUUGGUCACAUUUACAACUUGUCUAUGAGUUGCUGCUUAAAUUUAUAUCUUCAUCGUGCCUCGAUGCUAAGGUAGCGAAAAAGUAUAUCGAUCAUUCGUUCAUUUCCAAGUUGCUUGAAUUGUUUGAUUCUGAGGAUCCUAGAGAAAGAGACUGUUUGAAAACAAUUCUGCAUAGGGUUUAUGGGAAGUUCAUGGUGCAUAGACCAUUUAUACGGAAAUCAAUUAACAAUAUAUUCUAUCGGUUCGUGAUUGAGACCGAUAAACAUAAUGGGAUUGCCGAGUUGUUGGAGAUUUUCGGGAGCGUGAUUAGUGGAUUUGCUUUACCAUUGAAAGAGGAACACAAAAUGUUCUUGUGGAGAGUCUUGAUUCCCUUGCACAAGCCUAAAUCUUUGGGUGUCUACUUUCAACAAUUGUCUUACUGUGUUAUGCAGUUCUUAGAGAAGGAGCCUAAGUUAGCAAGCAUUGUUAUAAGUGGUUUGUUAAAAUAUUGGCCAGUAACAAAUAGUCAAAAAGAGGUGAUGUUUCUGGGGGAAUUGGAAGAAAUUUUGGAAGGAAUUAACAUGGUAGAGUUCCAAAGGAUUAUGGUUCCACUGUUUUUGCGGAUCGGGUGUUGCAUUAACAGCCUACACUUUCAGGUAGCUGAAAGGACCCUUUUCUUAUGGAACAACGACCACAUUGUAAAUUUGAUUGCUCAUAACCGUCAAGUGAUCCUGCCGAUCAUAUUUCCAGCACUAGAUAGGAACAUUAAAAGCCACUGGAACCCAGCUGUUGUAAACUUAACUCAUAACAUCAGAAAGAUGUUUGUGGAGAUGGACGAGAAGCUCUUCAUAUCUUGUCAUACUCACUUUAAGGAGGAAGAAACUAUUUUAAUCUUGGAAGCCGAGAAGCGAAAGGAAGCAUGGAAACAACUAGAGCAUGCAGCCAGUCUCAAACCUGUAAUUGGAAAUAUUGCUGUUUUAGUGUCUCCUUUGAUGACCUGAAUUGCAGCUAGCUAUGAAUUCCGAAUCCUUUUAUUCGGACGGCAUAUGUUACAGAGGGAAUACUCAAGAAUUGUGGGGUGGCAUUUUGGUUUUGGAUGGUGUGGUGUUACUUCUGGCAGCAAGAUGCAGCGAUGUGAUUUUGAUGGCUACUGUGUGGUACGUAAUUUGGCUCAUGGUUGGUGUUGAAAAGGACCAUGCAGUGGAUGUGAAUGAAACUGUUGAUUUUAUGUAUAAGAAGCUUGUUUGUAAUAUCUUCCUUCUUUCUGUGUAUCUACCUUUCUUAUAUUACAGUACUCAGUUGCUCUCCAUUAAAUACAAGUACUAACCCGAGAGCCUGUUUGACAACUACUGAGUUUGAUUGCUUGUUUUAGAUUCUAGUGGCUCCCUCAAUUCACUUCAUAACAACGGAAAAAAUUAUCGUUUUUA